AUGUCCCCGUCUGCCAUCUCCGACUCGCCCAGAAACUCGGUUUCUGAUCCGCAUACCGCGCACAAGAACAUCUUCGGAGGAACCAAAAAUGGAGCCGCCAUUGAUGCCGCCGUAACCGCUGCUGCGGGCGCGCCGACCUUCCACGGCUAUGACCACGUCACCUGGUGGGUUGGCAACGCCAAGCAGGCCGCCAACUACUACAGCACCCUUUUCGGGCUGCCCACCUUUGCCUACCGGGGCCUGGAGACCGGCAGCCGCUAUUUCGCCUCGUACGCCGUCGGCCACCACCGCGGCGGCGGCACUGCCGACAGCGCCAUCGAGGACGACCAGGACAACGUGUGCUUCGUGUUCACGUCGCCCAUCCGCUCGUACCGCCACCUGCCCGAGGACGAGCCCAUUUCGGACGCGGACCGUGCGCUGCUGCGCGAGAUGCAUGACCAUCUCGAGCGCCACGGCGACGCCGUCAAGGACGUUUGCUUUACCGUCGACUCGGUCGAGGGCGUCUACCAGCUGGCGACCGCCGAGGACGGUGUCCCGGGCAAGGACAAGGACGCCAAGGUCGUCGGCGUGCAGCCGCCCACCCAGCAGCACGACAAGCUGUACGGCGGCAGCGUCACCACGGCCGUGAUCCGCACGUACGGCGACACGACCCACACGCUGCUCAACCGCGGCGACUACAAGGGCCCCUUUUUGCCCGGCUUCCGCGCCCCCGUCGUCAUGGCCCCUGCGCCGGCGGUCGGCCUGCAGCGGAUCGACCACUGCGUGGGCAACCAGGACUGGAACGAGAUGGAGGCGGUCUGCGCCUUCUACGAGCAGCGUCUCGGCUUCCACCGCUUCUGGUCGGUCGACGACAAGCAGAUCUGCACCGAGUUCAGCGCCCUCAAGAGCAUCGUCAUGUCCAGCGGCGGCAGCGCCAACACGGUCAAGAUGCCCAUCAACGAGCCGGCCCCCGGCAAGAAGCGCUCGCAGAUUGAGGAGUACAUUGUCUUCAACAGCGGCGCCGGUGUCCAGCACAUUGCCCUGCGCACCCCGGACAUUAUCCAGGCCGUGUCCAGCCUGCGUGCGCGUGGCGUGCAGUUUAUCGACGUGCCGUCGACCUACUACGAGGCGCUGCGCAAGCGGCUGGCCGCCAGCGCGGCGGGCACAGGCGCGAAGCUGGCGUGGCACAUUAGCGAGGAGCAGCUGGCCAUCAUCGAGCAGCUCAACAUUUUGAUCGACUACGACGAGGGCGGCUACCUGCUGCAGCUUUUCACCAAGCCGCUCAUGGACCGCCCGACCGUCUUCAUCGAGAUCAUUGAGCGCAACAACUUUGAGGGCUUUGGUGCGGGCAACUUCAAGAGCCUGUUUGAAGCCAUUGAGCGCGAACAGGCUGAGCGCGGCAACCUGUAG